CAGGUGUUUUUGCAUGGGAGCGGGGCGAGAACACGGUGCGGAGAGAAGAACGAGUUAUGCGAAGACGCCGAGAUCAGGGCCCGGCAACUCUCCAUCAAAAUUGGGGACAAAGCUAGAGGUUGCUGCUAUAGGAUGCGCUAGUGUCACCGGAUACAGCUGCUGGUAAGACUCACCAACUUUCGCACACAAAAAUUGGUCAAGAAAUACGAAUACACUUUGAUUACGAGCGAUUUAUGAAAUAAAUUACAAAAAAAGUUAAAUACCAUGUGUUUAUCUUCCAAAUUUUAUUUAAUCAUAAUAAUACACGCGUGAAAGAAAAGGUAGCGCGAACAGCGGCGCAAUCUUUUGUAUCGAGCUCGUGUGUUUGCGUCCCGAGAACCUACGCGCGUUUCAAAUAACGUUGGUAGCAGUUCGUAUUUUACUUCGUGUAAGAAGGUGAUGCUCUAGAGCGCGUAACUGUAAUGGUCUACACCACGUUAUAUGGGAGUUAUAGGGGCCUGGCCGAGAUUCAGCGAGAUAUGUACGCUUCGACCCCUCUGGUUCAUGUAUGAAUGGAAAGUCCGCGGUAAGUGACAUGGGGUAUACCGCUAGCAUUGGUCACUGACAGCCAAAAGAAAAAAUCUGAGGCUGCUGAUAUCAUUUUGACAGAAUAUUGAUCCCCAGUGUUGUCAUGGUUUCUCUAAAGUAAGACAUUUAUCUGUCUUUAUGUGAUAUGGCCAAUAUGCCCUCCGAAACUCAAACUACAGAUGUUUUACUUAAAGCCGUGGUGAGACAGGACGAGCAAGCAGUUCGCCAAAUAUUGGCAAAUAUGCGUCAAAAUAAAACACAGUGGUCAGAAAUUCGAUUCCGUAAAACAGGUGACACUGCACUUCAUGUCGCUGCACGAACAUCGUCGAUGUCUAUCGUGAGAAUGCUUGUCGAGUUCUGUCACUCUAAUGAAGAUGAACGGACAAAUUGUGAGACAUGUCAUCGAUUAAUUGAAGUAGGUAACAAUAUGGGAAAAAGAUGUCUUCAUGAGGCUGCCCAAAUAUGUUGUGUGCCAAUAGUGGAAUACCUUUUGAGACAAGGUGCCUGCGUCGAUCCACUGAAAGCUGCCGAUUGGACCCCUUUGAUGUUAGCAUGCUGCAAGGGAGGACUGUCUGCAAGCGACUCAGUACGUUUGUUAUUGGAGAAUGGCGCGAAUCCACUGCUUAAGAACAAAGAUGGUUGGACAUCAUUACAUCUGGCAACUCGCACUGGUUGGGUGGAUACUGUACGAUUACUACUGCAGUAUAACUCGGAGAUAGUUGCAUCUCCUAGUUGCAACGGUCGGACACCCUUACAUAUUGCAUCUUUACAUGGACAUACUGUGGUGGUAGAAGAACUUCUCAAAGCUGGAAGUCCGGUUGACCCAGUUGAUUCUUGUGGACUUACUCCUCUGCAUGAAGCUGUUCGAGGUGGCCACAUUCCAAUAAUAUGUAUAUUGGAGCAACAAGGGGCAAAUAUUCGAAAAAUUGACGCAAUGGGAUUAAGUUGUUUGCACUUCGCUGCCCAGACUGGUCGUUCAAAAGUCAUUGAAUUUCUAAUGGUGGAAUAUUGUAUGUAUGUUGACCAACCUUCAGAAAUUGAUAAAUUAACAGCCUUACAUUGUGCUGUCAGAGCUGGGCAGACAAAUUGUGUGAAAACUUUGCUCAGUUUUGGAGCCCAACCAGAUAAACGUGAUGCCAAAGGACGUACAGCUCAAGAUUUUUGCUCUGGAUAUACCAGUGAAGAAAUUGAAAAUCUAUUACUUUCUCGUAUGGGACCUUUGUAAAAUGUUUGUAAUGUGUUUCAUGAUAUAGGUAAUUCACUCCCUCUUUACAGGAGAAGUAGUAAACAAAUCUUUCCUAAGUGUUUUUGUCCAGUAAUGGAAUAUCUGCAAUUAUCAUUGCUAUUGAUGAAUGAAUGAAGAUCUCAGCAAUGAAAACUGUUUUGCAUUAACAGUGAAACCUCAAUGCAACAGAUUCUUUUUUGUUGUUGUCUUGUUAAAAUUGUUAAUUUUGUUUCAUUGAGAAAUUUAUUUUCUGAUACUUUGUGCUUCGUAUUAAAUAGCAUCAAACAUACUUGUUGCCACAGAGGACAAAGUCAGUGUUUCCUCUAUGCUGGUAGUAACUAAAAUUGAAUAGGUAAAAUAAAAGGGAAAUGUCAGGAGCAUUCCUAAUGUGAAUUUUGUGGGCACAACUGUUUAUAACUUAUCAUUUUAUGUUAUUAUUUUUGUUUUUGUAUAUAUUGAUUAAUUUAAAUGUAUUGAUUUUUUAAUUUAAUUAGAUAAUGCCACAUAUAUUUUGAAAACGUUAAGAGAUUUGAUACUGUACUGUAAUGGUACUUUGAUGGAGCAGAAGCUAUUGUAUGAAAGUUUUUAAUAGUAUUAGAUGAAAUAUUCUACUGGAUAUUAGUGGCGUUUUGAUACUAUUGAUAUUGUUGGAAUGUUCUUAAACAAUGAAGUAUGUCAUUCUCAUAUAAUAUGAGCUGUGUGAAAGGAAUGACAAAAAUAUGGAAUGUUAACAUCAUAGAAAAUAAUUUGGAUAUUUACUGUGUAAUAAUGGAUAUAAUUUGCUCUACAAUAGAAUGGUAUACAUUCAGUGUUCUUGAGUGACAUCAAGUGGAAAUUCUGUACAAAUAAAUUUAAGAGAAAAUUGAAAAUAAAAUCAAACAAACAAAGCAAUGGUGUUCCGAAAGGACAAAUUUAGUGACGUUACAAUGAAAUUGAUAUAAGGACAGAAUAAUAAUGGAGGACAGAUUAAUCUAUAGUGAUUUAUUUCUUAAGAAUACUAACAUUUCUUGCUGGUCUUUUAUUUCGGGUGAUUGUUGCCUAUAUGUAAAUCUGUAAUUGAGUAUACAAUUUUAUAUCUAAAUUAUAAUUAUUUAUUUGCAUCUUUCUUUCUGUCUUCUAAUCUGUUGCUUUGAUGUUUCACUAUGUUUAUUAAUAUGUUACUGACUGUUGAAUGUAAACUUCAAUUUAUGUGAAGCAAAUGUCUAGUCCAUACAAAAGAUACUAUUUACUUUUAAUUAUCUACCUAUUUUAAUGUAAAAACUUACCUUGUGUUGUGUAUUAUGUAUCAGCUAUGGAUGUAACUUCCAGAAUAAAUUGAAAAGGAACAUAUUGUUACUGUUUGUUUAUGCCUAAGAAUCAACUUAUAAUAAAUGUUUUUUCGUGAA